UUUUAUUAGAAUAUCGAAUGACCCGUCUAGCAACUUCAGUACUUCGUUCUUUCCCCAACCGAUUGGCCAGACUUGAUUCUUUAUUUUCUUAUUUAUCUGAAAAUGGGGAAAAUAUAUCAGAUGUUCAUUUGGAUGUACUCGAAAUGCUUGAAAUUCAACCGGAAAGUAUAAUUAUUUGAACAUAAUAUUAAAAAAGGGGUAUUUUCUCAAUUUUAAGAAUUUUUUAAAAAUAUUUUUUUAUUAUUUUUUAAAAAUUAUUUUUGUAUUUUUUUGAACAUUUUUCUUUAUUUUUUCAUUUUUUUGUUGAAUUAAAUGUUUAAAAAUUAUUUUUAUUUUUCAAAAAAAAAUCGAGAAAAUCGCUUUGACUACUUAAAAUAUUUUUUAUUUAAUUUAUUCCUAUUUAGAGCCAACCCCGAAUGGCUACAACGUUUUGAAAGGGAAUAUUGAGGAAGGAUUUAAUGGAGGAAUUAAAGAUGAUUUGGAGUGAUUGGAAGGGGAUAGAGAGCUCCAAGGGUGUAGUAAGGGAGUAAGCCUUUCC